GUGAGUGUGUGGGGUUUGUGAUACCCGCCCUCGACUGCAUGUGCUCACUCCCUCUCUCCCUUUGCACUCCUGUCCAGACCAGCUGUAGGAAAGUCUGUGUCUCGUUCACUAGAGAGGCGUGUGUGUGGAUGUGUAUGUGUGCAGUGUGUUAGGUGGCUCGGCUCGCCAUGUUGUUAUGGAUACAUUUUAAGCUCCUUCUUUGACAAUGAAGAUUAAAAGUAGCAGGAAAUUUGGCACAAUGUGUUUUUGCUAUCCAGAGGAGUUUACACCCAACAGCACAACACAGAGGAGCCCAGGAGACAAAGUGCAACGUGUGAUAUUGGCAGCCAGGCAGGCCAGAAGGACCUUCCCCCAACCUACCAGUACACCAGGCCAGCGUCAGAUGUGAAUAUGCUGGGCGAGAUGAUGUUUGGCUCAGUUGCCAUGAGUUAUAAAGGCUCCACUCUCAAGAUCCAUCACAUCAGGUCUCCUCCCCAGCUGAUGGUCAGUAAGGUUUUCUCUGCACGAGCAGGCAGCAGUAACACAGGAAGCACAAGCACCUUGCAGGAUAGUUUAGAUUCAAUCAGCCAGACAUGCCCAAGCUAUAGCAGCAGCAUUGCUCACAGCACGCCAGUCGACAUGCCAAGCAGGGUGCGCAGUGAGGACGGGGACAGUGGCAUUGCACAGUCAGCUUCCCUAGGUAGUCUGCUGGCUACACCCAUUCCAUCACCUGGGUCCUCCACCAGCAGUGGCAGUAGUUACCAACGGCGAUGGCUCCGUAGUCAGGCAACUAGCCUUCAGCAUGGACCCAUUCCACGCUGGAGUACAGACGAAAUGUUUAACCUGUCAGAUGACAGCUGUGGCUCCAACCCUGCACUGGUUCGGCGGAAGAAGAUCGCUGUGAGCAUCAUCUUUAGCUUGCCAGAGAAAGAGGAGGAGAACAAGGCGUUCCAGGAGUUCUUCUUCUCACACUUCCCACUGUUUGAGUCGCACAUGAACAAGCUGAAGGCUGCCAUAGAGAGGGCCAUGAUCCUGUGCAGGAGGAUUGCAGAGUCUUCUCAGCGGGUGCAAGUGUACUUGUGUCGCGUGAUGGAGGCUUUAGGAGACUUCAGGAUGACUAUCUGGAACCUCUACAUGGCGCCACGCAUUAGCGAGCCUGUUUGGCUGACCAUGGUAUCCCAGGGUGCUGAGCGAAGUGCUCUAUGUCAGCGUUUCCUCAAAGAGAUGAGCCUCCUAAUGGAUAACAGUGGCAAAACCCAGUUCCUGCCUGCUCUACUCACUGCUGUUCUCAUGUAUCACCUUGCUUGGGUACCAACUGUAAUGCCCAGCAACCACCCGCCAAUCAAACCCAUCUAUGAGAAACAUUCCUCCCACUCUCUGGAUCUGCUGGCUAAAUCCCACCCCUACAACCCACUAUGGGCACAACUAGGUGAUCUGUAUGGUGCGCUGGGUUUUCCGGUGCGUGUGUGUCGCACAGUGGUGGUGGGUCGGCGGAGGGAGCUGGUGCAGAGGGUACUCUAUGUUCUCUCCUACUUCAUCCGCUGCUCCGACCUCCAGGAGAGUGACUCUAAAACAUAUGACAUCAUCAGCCCAAACCACACAGACAAUCCUGCCGCACCUGAGUCCUUGGAGGUGCCCGAGGCUUCCCCCUGCCCAGAACAGACCAGUGAUCCAACAGCACCCACCUCUCAAGAUGUCCCCUGCCCAGAACGGAUGGGUGAUCUAAUGUCUCCCUCCUGUGAAGCAGGCUCCGACCCAGAACAGACCAGGGAAAUGCCUGUCUCUCCGCCUGAGAUCCCUGAUCCCACCCCAUUCCCUGAAAGGACCAAUGACAGUCUCUUAUCUCUCAGCACGCAGGACUCAGAAACUGGUCUUGAGUGUUUGAGUGCAGGCCCGGACUGUGUUGGCAUAGAGACAGAAUACGAUUCGUCCAAUCAGAGCCCCCUGCUUCACAAGGCUCAAUUCCUCAUUGGCUAUCCAGGGGAGGAGGAUGUGCAGUUCAAAGGUCACACUGCUGCGUUAGGAGGGCUUGGCUUGGAUAAAAAGUGGCCCCUUCGAGGUUUGAUGGACAUGCAGCGAAAUGAGAGCUUGGACAGUGCGCUUGGAGACAGUGAUGCUGAAGAAACACCUACACAGCAACCCUCUAUGGCAACAGAAAAACAAUAUGAACUACCCUUACCCAGCUGUGAGAUGAGUAGAAAGCCCAGUGUGAACCACUUUGGACGCUCUCUGAUGGGGGGUUACUGCCCCCAGUACAUGCCAGACUUCGUCUUACAUGGAAUCUCUAGUGACCAGCGGCUCAAGCAGUGUCUCAUGGCUGACCUGGAGCACACUGUAUUGCACCCAGCUCUGGACGAGCCGGUGGCAGAGUCGGUGUGUAUCGUGGCAGACACAGACAGGUUGUGUGUGCAGGUGGCUACGAGCCAACGUCGUGUGUGUGAGGCAGGGCGUCUGGGGAGAGACGUGCUGGUUUCUGGACUGAUCUGCAACAUCCUUACAUCCGUGUUACAGCUGCAGAAACUCAACCUCAGUGCAGAGUUUUGUGUGAUGCACCUUGAAGAUCGCCUACAAGAAGUGUAUUUUAAAAGCUGUACUCUAGCAGAGUAUUUGAGAGGACAGACCAGAGUUCAUGUGAGGGAGCUGGGACUAGCCUUAGGGAUUGAGUCAAGUGAUCUCCCAUUGCUUGCAGCCGUGGCCAGCACACACUCACCUUAUGUGGCUCAGAUCCUGCUCUGAGCCAACAAACCAAUCAGGGCCCAGAGUCCCAAGGACUCUCAAGUGGAUUCUCACACAACGUGUGUGUGUGUGUGUGUGUGUGUGUGUGUCCGUCUGUGCGAUCUCAGAAGAUGCACUGGACACAUUUCUGGCUGGAAUGCAUACACACAUACACUGACUCAUGGCCACUUGUUUACGCUCCUGUUUUUUUUAUUGUGUAAAUUGUUUAUUUUCCUUCAUUUUACACAUCUCCUUGAAGGGAAGGGCACUUUGGGUUGUCUUAAAGGGUUGUCUUAAAGGGACAAAUGGAUUAGUACAUGUUUACAUGAAUUUCACUGAGAAGCUGUGUGGUAAUCAGUGUUCAGUGGAUCUGUACGUAAGAGAAGUGUGCAUAUGAGUAUGUGUGUGCUGUUUAUUGAUGAUUAGGUGCUGUCUGCUUAGUCUGUGUUGAAGAACUACUAAUGCGCACAAAUACACACAGCCUUUUUGUAUGGACUUUUUUUUACUUUUAGAUCUCUAAAAGGAAACUAACUCUUGUUUACAAGAUCACCACAGUAAUGUAAAAUGCAGCCUAUUAAAACAGUCACAGGGUAUCAUUCCAGUGUUUAAACAAAAAAAAAAACCUUUUAAAACUCUACCUCAGCUGAUGUGUCUGAAACGUUUCAGUCUUACAUGACCAUGUCCUGUGUCUCACAAGACACUGUGUUGAAGACCAUGAUGAUCAUUCUCCUCAACAGCAACAGAUCCUCAAGUCUUAUUGUUUUUGUGCCACAAGAUUUACCGAACUGACCCCAUGAAUCAUUCAUUGGUUGAUUAGAGAGGGGUUGUGGGUAUUAUGGCCGUGGAUAAACCCCUCUGAUGCAUAUUAAUAGGUCAGUUCCAAACUAGGGAAGGACAAACAGUUCUCAGUGAAUCAAGAUAUUUGUACUGGCAUGUGUUGUGAGGAUGGGUGUAAUAUGUUCUUUUUUGAUGAAUGUUCUUUCUGUAUCGAGAUUGGGAUGUCUUAAAGACUGUUGUUAAAUAAACUAGAUUCUAGCAACACUUAA